GCAGGGCUUGACGGAGAUCUUUCCAGAAGCCAGAGACGCUGCCAGUCACGCAGACUUUGCCAAAACAGAUUCUUGAAACGCUUUGAGGUUUCACUGAAAACUGGGAGGCUUGAGAGGAACUUCCACAAGCAAAAUAAAUCUGGGGAGCAGCAAAAACACAUGAGGGACUAAGAGCCAUGGCAGGACAGCCAAAUCAGUGGAUAUCGAACAAUCUGCAUCUAGAGCUUCUCCUAUUUUUCCUGUGGAUCUAUUGUAUCUAUGCAGAAGAAAGUCACCAACUGUGUUUUUCCUUUGGUUGCUUUGAGUCAAGCGACAUCUUCCUUGAUGUGACAUUGGAUGACGAUAUAGUGUGUUAUGUCGAUUCCAAAAACAAAAUUGGUGUUUGGGACAGCAAAAUACCAUCAACUUAUUUUGCAGAGGGUAAAAAAUAUUUGGAGAGGUGCCAAGCACAGUGUAAAAAAGAUGUAUAUCGAUGGAAACCGGACCCAGAUGUAAAAAGAACCAAAGUCCCACCAGAAGUUAUUAUUUACCCCAGAAAUGAGGUAACCGAAGAUGAAGAGAACACCCUUGUGUGUUUUGUACGCAACUAUUUCCCUCCUGCUCUCAAUAUCAGUUGGACCAAGAAUAACGAAGAGGUGGCAGUGGAAGACCCCUUCUUCAAAAUUGUAUCCAACUCUGAUGGGACAUUUCAUGUCUUCUCCUACCUGAACUUUGUUCCAAAGCAAGGAGACAUCUACAGCUGCACUGUAAAACAUGAGGCACUAGAAGAACCUGAGACCAGGUUUUGGGACAUUGAAAGAAAAGAGGAGAGGAGUAUGGGUCCUGCUGCCUUCUGCAUAUUCGGUUUGAUUUUCGGGUUUCUUGGUAUUGCUGUAGGAACUUUCCUUUUUGUGAAAGGAAGCCAGUAUUCUUUGAGCUCAGACCUUGCUCUUUGAUAUUUAGCUAUCUAUUUAGCUAUAGAAUCUACUUUUUACAAUUUUUGUCUACUGUUACUGUAAACUUAAUGUUCACAAAGUCAUUGUUGAUUUGAAUGAAAUGAACGGACUUAUGCAGCAUUGUUACAUCCCCAAGAUGGAUUUAAUUCUGUUUUUGCUUUUAAGUGAUACCUUGCUCUAUUUAGGCUUCACCUCAAAGAUUGGGUUCUGCUUCCUGGGUCUUUUAAUUUGCUGCUAUUUAACCGGCUUGAUGGUUUUGGUUGGGGAGAGUUACCUUUCUGUUUAAGCCUAGUUUUCUCAUGUUUAUAUGCUUGCUAGGUAAAAAAAAUUACGUAAGUGAAUAGAUCCUUGGUUUUCCUGUUCUCCUUUUGUUUAGUAAUUAUUGUUUGUGCAUAUUCAACAACCUACUGAAAUAGAACA